AUGGAAGUCUCUGGAUCUGCCGCUCUCUUCUCUUCCCCAGCUCCAUCUUACACCUUUCCAUUCUUAGCUAACAUUUCCACCCCUUCCCCUCCACCAUCAUUUAAUCCUUCCCCAAGUGUGGCAUCUACAGCUCUUUUUUGCCUCUCCCUCUCGCUUCUUUCCUUGUUGGGCAUUCUGGGAAACCUCUACACUCUAGGUCUUCUCAUUCAGCGGCGCAGGGGCCCAAGACGAAGACACAUCAUGGUAGCUAGCUGCUGUUUGACUUCCCCUUGUUUCAGAGCUUCCUCCCCUGCACACUCUCCCACCUCAUCCCCCACCUCUAUGUCCUCCUCCUCCUCCUCGUCUCUUCAUCUGCAGGUUCUCAGUCUGGCAUUGGCUGAUCUGCUCUACCUCUCCACUGCACCCUUCAUCGUCUACGACAGCUUGGCAUUGGACUGGGCGUUUGGUGAACUGGGAUGCCGCCUCCUGCUUAGCCUGGACCUGCUCACCAUGCACGCCAGCAUCUUCACUCUGACCGCAAUGAGUCUGGACCGAUACCGGGCUGUGGCAGACCCCCUUGCAGCCUCUUCAGCUCCCUCCUCAGGCCUGAGGCGUGUGGGUCUGGCUUGGGGCCUUGCUGUGGCACUCAGCCUUCCUAUGAUGAUCACCCUGCAUCUGGAGGAUGGAGAAAACCAGGAUGGUAAACUCUGUGUUCCUGCGUGGGAUGAGCAGAGCUCCAAAGCUUACCUCAGUGUGCUAUUCUGCACCAGUAUUCUAGGACCGGGACUGGCCAUCGGGGGUCUGUAUGCAGCCCUGGGGCGACACUACUGGGUUUCUCAGACGCAGAUGGCUUGGGCCGGAGGAUGCAGUGCCAACCCACCUCGUGCUCCACGACCCAAAGUCCUUCUCCUCAUCCUUGGAAUUGUGCUCGCGUUCUGGGCUUGUUUUCUCCCUUUCUGGAUCUGGCAGCUGCUACCAUUAUAUCAACCAGACAUUCUACGCAUGGUACCUGUUGGCACAGAGGUGACUGUUAAUCGCAUUCUGACAGGACUAACGUAUGGAAACUCAUGUGUGAAUCCAUUUUUCUAUACGCUCCUGACGGGGAAGCGGCAAAGGACUAGCAGGCAGCUGACAAGCAUGGCUGCUCCGGUGUGCCAAAAAGUGAGCUCUGGUCACCAGUGA